UGGUCUCGCUCUUUCUAAUGGAACCAGAUCGCGUCUCGUGGCUUCUCUCGUGUGUUCUCUCGCUACAUCCAUGGUUCUCUCUCGGUGUUCCUGAGGAAGUGUGUGUGAGCAGCUGAUCCAUUUAUCGUCUGUGUGUCUGAAUGAACCUCUGACUUUGUGCUCUUUCUUCUGAAGCCUCUAGCUCGGACUCUAGAAGCUAGCUUAGCCUGCUAGCUUAGCAUGCUAGCUGGUAACACGCUAGCAACACAGAGUGAGAGAAACGGGAAGUGGUGAUUUAGUAAACAUGAGUGUUGUGCUGCUCUCGUUGGUGAAGCAGCGACUCACUGCGGCUGCUGAAGACAUCUUUGUUCUGUUUGAAAGAACGAUAGCAAAGUACGAGGAGGAACUGUCUCGUUCAAAACAGGAGAACGAGAGACACCGGAAACUACUGGACGCUGUUUUACAGCCUCAGCUUCAGAUCCACAGAGCAGACGUCCAGCAGCUGGUGGUGGUUGAAGAAGAGGUUCCCCCUGAGCAGCAGGAGUGGAGCUCCAGUCUGGACCAGGAGGACCCAGAGCCCCCCCCACACAUUAAAGAGGAACAGGAGGAACUCUGGAGCAGUCAGGAGGGAGAGCAGCUUCAAGGGCUGGAGGAGGCUGAUAUCACCAAGUCCACAUUCACUCCUGUCCCUGUAAAGAGUGAAGAUGAUGAAGAGAAACCUCAGUCCUCUCAGCUUCAUCAAAGACAAACUGAACACCUGGAAACAGAAGCUGAUGGAGAAGACUGUGGAGGACCAGAACCAGCCAGGAACUCAGAUCCAGAGAGACAUUUACAACCAGAGACUGAGGACAACCCUGGAGACUCUUCUGAACCUGACAAUGAAAACUCUUCUGAACCUGACACUGAAGACAGUGCUGAUUUGAAGGAGACCAGAGAACCAGGUUCAAACUCUCAGAAAAAUAAACAAAACCCUGUCAGUGAUUCAAGACGUAGUGCAGGAGAAAAACCAUUUGGCUGCUCUUUGUGUGAGAAAACAUUUACACAGAGAGGAAAUUUAAAUCGGCACAUGAGAACCCACACAGGAGAGAAAACAUUUGGCUGCUCUUUGUGUGGGAAAGAAAUUUGCAGCAAGUCAAAUCUAAAAGUACACAUGAGAAUCCACACAAGAGAGAAACCAUUCAGCUGCUCAAUUUGUAAGAAAUCUUUUGCACACAGAGGAGAUUUAAAGAAACACAUGAGAGUCCACACAGGAGAGAAACCAUUCAGCUGCUCAAUUUGUAAGAAAUAUUUUGCACACAGAGGAAAUUUAAAGAAACACAUGAGAGUCCACACAGGAGAGAAACCAUUCAGCUGCUCAAUUUGUAAGACAUAUUUUGCACACAGAGGAAAUUUAAAGAAACACAUGAGAAUCCACACAGGAGAGAAACCAUUCAGUUGCUCAGUCUGUGAGACAUCUUUUGCACAGAUAGCAGAUUUAAAGAAACACAUGAUAAUCCACACAGGAGAGAAACCAUUCAGCUGCAGUGUUUGUGACAAAAGAUUCACCCGGAGAUAUCUGGUCAAAAUCCAUAAGUGUAUUGGUCGUCAGUCCCCACAGCUUCAUCAAACUCAAACUGAGGAGAACAGAGAGGCAGAGCCUCCAGCCAGCAGCUCAGCUGAACACAUGGAAACAUAAGCUGAUGGUGAGGACUGUGGAGGACCAGAACAAGCCAGGAACUCAAAUCCAGAGAGACAUUUUCAACCAGAUACUGAGGACAACUCUGGAGACUCUUCAGAACCUGAGACUGAAGACAGUGAUUAUUAUUAGGUUUAAACUCUUUGAGUUUGUCCCAGUAAGUGUGUAUAACGUGAUACCUGCUCUGAGUGUGAUAAAACAUCAUUGCUCUAAGUCGAGUCUGAAUGUGCAUUAAAACAAAUAUUAAGCACA